AUGUCGUCUAACGGUCCGAUACGGCGUAAACCGCCGGUACUAGAACCGGGCCCGUCGGCUAAAACGAGGUCCCAGCCGGAGACCACACGACACAAAUAUGCCAGACCUGAAAAGGACUAUGGGCUGUUUCUUCAGAUAAUCCGCAGUCUGCUGAUCCUAGCAUGGUUCAACUGUUGCUGCUUUUCUAUUGUGGUCACCCAGGCUGUCGGCUUACCCCUUUAUUUGAUCAAUAAACGAUGGUUCUACUCAUAUAUGGCGAUGACGAAACGCUCGUUCGGCAUUACGAUCACGGCACUCACAGAAUGGUGCAGUCCAACACCUGUCCGUAUCAGCGGGGAUAGCAGUGUACAGGGCCAAUUCAGCCUAUUAAAAGACGGGAGGGUGGCAACGAAAUUCCCCGAGCGGUUAGUUUUGAUUGCGAAUCAUCAGGUCUAUACUGAUUGGCUGUAUCUGUGGUGGGUGACAUACACAAACGACAUGCACGGAUAUAUCUACAUUAUUUUGAAAGAAUCCCUUAAAUACAUUCCCUUUAUCGGGCAAGGGAUGAUGCUCUAUGGAUUUAUCUUCAUGGCACGCAAAUGGAUCGAGGAUAAACCACGGUUACAGCAUCGCCUGCAAAAAUUGAAAACCAAGCAUGGGGUUUCUCCUGAGGGAUUACCACUCUUUGACCCCAUGUGGCUGCUGAUCUUCCCUGAAGGCACAAAUCUAUCUCGAAACACUAAAGAUAGAAGCGAUGCCUAUUGCCAGAAACAGGGAAUCGCCCCAUCCAAACACAUACUCCUUCCCCGUUCCACUGGCUUGUUCUUUUGCCUGCAGCAGCUCAGGGGAACCGUCGACUACGUAUACGACUGUACGAUAGGCUACGAAGGCCAACCGAAGGAUAGCUACGCCGAAGCCCACUUUACCAUCCGCUCUACGUAUUUGCGAGGGCGCCCUCCAAAAUCCGUGAAUUUUUACUGGCGACGAUUUUCCAUCUCAGACAUUCCACUCACUGAUCAAAAGGAAUUUGAAGAUUGGAUCUACAAACGAUGGGAGGAAAAGGAUAGACUACUCGAUCAGUUUAUUGAAACUGGUCGUUUCCCGCCAUUUGAAGACAUGUCGGCCUCGAACACAGCAACCAAGGAAGCCAGUGAGCAGACGAAUAAUAUCCCCAACAACGGAUACAUUGAAAGCGAAAUUAAACUAGGGCACUGGGCUGAAGCUGCAAAGAUCUUCACAAUUCUCAUCGCGCUCGGCCUCGUCCUCAGAUUCGUCCCUAGAGUUUGGAGUUAG